AUGGAAACCCAUCGCAGUCGUCUGCUGUCAUCAGCUCGUCCCUAUCUGCAGGUUCUAUCCGUGUUCGGGCUCACUCCUCCGCCCCUUUUUUUCGCCAGGACAUUGCACAGGCGGCGUAGGUGCUGCUUGAUGGCAGGAUACGGCAGCUUUGCAGUUGGAAUCCUUCUGACGGUCGUCUAUGAGUGCUAUGCAAAUAUUGGGGCCUUUCACCAGGAGUUGCAUCAGUUCCAAGUAGAGGACUUUACCAAAGUAAUGGGACGAACGCAGAAAUUUCUCGUGGUGGCCAUGGCCUUUUUCAAUCAUCUUAACAUGCUGCUGAACUUUCGUCGCCUUAAACGUAUCUAUGAGGACAUUGCCGAUCUGGAAAUGGAGAUAGACAAUGCCGCGAAGGACUUCUGUAGACGGAGACAGUGGUGGAGCUUACGAUUGCGAUUGGCCGUUGGCGUGGGAUUGUGGAUCGUGCUGCUCGUGGGUCUUCUACCUCGCUUUACCAAUGGACGCAUUGCAUCCUUCCACUGGGCAAAUCAACUACUCACCCAAAUCAUCCUGAUAAUGCUUCAACUCAAAGGCCCCGAGUACUGCUUGUUCGUACUUCUGGUCUACGAGCUGGUUCUCCGAGUGCGCCAUGUCCUCGACCAGAUUCAUGCCGAACUUGAGGACUGCGAUUCUAGGGAUAGGAUUCAGGAACUGUGUGUGGCUCUGACAAACCAACUGCUGGUUGGGCGAAUUUGGAGCUUGGUGGGUGAGAUUGGCUGUUAUUUCACCCUCUCCCUGCCGCUGGUGAUUCUAUACAAUGGACUGACUAUUCUGCACAUGGUCAACUGGGCUAUCAUAAGAUCUAUCAAUCCGAUCGAUGGCUAUCAACAUAAGCGAUUCGGAUCUAGUCUUUUACUAUCGGUCAAUCUAUUACUGGUAUGCUUAUAUAGUGAGCGCUGCAUUAAAGCUUACAGUAGCAUCUCACAUGUUAUUCACAAAAUUGGUUGCUUGUCCACAGCUGAAAAAUUGCCAAUGCUUAAAAUGGGCCUAAGGGAAUACUCCUUGCAAAUGCAACACCUGAAGCUAAUCUUCACCUGCGGCGGCUUAUUCAACAUUAACCUUAAGUACUUUGGAGGGAUGGUUGUCACUAUACUCGGCUAUCUCAUUAUUUUAGUACAGUUCAAAAUUUAG